AUGCAGUUCAAGGCUCUUCUCGCUCUUCCCGUCCUCAGCGGCCUCGCUGCUGCCGCUCCCGCUGCCGACGCUGCCAAGACUCCCGGACCCUUCCAGGUCCUGGCUCUCCGCUCCGCCAGCGACAUCCACUUUGCGACCGUCAACGCCGCCAAGAGCAGCCUCUUCCUCCAUCUCCCCAACUCCAACGCUACCUGCGACUCCAAGUCCGAUGGCGCUGCCACCUUCAGCUUGACCAAGGACGGCGAGCUGUACCUCUACUCUACCGACAACCCUCCUCAGCAGGUCUUUGCCGACCGAUCUGGCAUGGGCCAGGGUAAGCUCGGAUACAUCACCGGCGCUCAGCCUCCCCCCAAGAACGGCGAGCUCAAGGGCUGGGUAAUUGACAAGGACGGCAACCUGUCUCUCGACGGCGCGAGCCUCCUCGCCUGCCCCAACAGCAUCGAGGGCGCCUGGAGCAUCUGGGUCUCUGCCGGCGUCGCCAACCCUGCUGGCAACGAGGGCUGCCUGGGAUUCUCUGCCCGCACCACUGAGGUUGAGAAGCCCAACAGCUGCACCUACACCUCGUAG